AAGGUAGCAAGUUGCAAAGCUCAUCAUGUGAUUUGAUGCAGGAGCCUACCCGGCAGAACCCAUGAUGUACACGCAGGGGGCUGCACCUUAUUCUGCGCAACCUAUGACCUACUCGGCAGGUCCUGUCACAUAUUCCGCGUCCCCCUAUGCUCCGAGCUCGGCGAUGCCGUUUGCUGGUGCUCCGGGCUCUUUGGACCACGCCCAGGGCAAGUGGUUUGCUCCGGGAGAGGCUCUGCCCCCGGGCUUCGUGGUGACGGCGCACCCGGAGGGCCACACCGCGCCCGCCGAGACCCACGCCAUGUCGGACAAGGCGCGAGAGAGCUUCGUGGUCAGCUCUGGACUUCCCAUGAAGACUGGCACCGCUUCCUCUUCGAAGACCAAGAAGAGCAAGAAGAAGAAGUCCAGCGGCUGCUGCUGAGCGAGGGCACAUUUCGUCCAUACAGAUCUUCCUCAGGGGGCUAUGCCGCUGGGGAAGGUAUGAGAUUUUGCUGUGAUUCAGGGAGGCACACCAUGUGCUGCCUUGAAUCACUCGCCCUUUUGCCAAAUGAACCUAUCCUGAUAAUUAGCCCCCUUCCGGCUUUCCGGCUG